ACCCAACCCCCUAGCUGCCGGCCGCACUGCAGAAGGUCAGAGGCAGAAGAAGAGGAGAGAGGCAGCGAGAGGCAGAGGGAGACACAGGGUGGGGUGCUUGGAUGUACAUGAACAUGCCGACAGGAGAGCGUGCGGACGAGCGAUGACAGCCAUGCUGAGCCCAAAGAUCAGACAGACCAGGAGAGCCAGGUCCAAGAGCAUGGUGAUGGGCGAGGUGUCUCGAGGCCCAUGCCGGCCGGCCUCCCCCAGCCUCCAGGAGGGGGCACUGAAGGCCGGCUGGCUGAAGAAGCAGCGCAGUAUCAUGAAGAACUGGCAGCUCCGAUGGUUCGUGCUGCGCUCAGACCAGCUCUACUUCUACAAAGACGAGGAAGAAACCAAACCGCAGGGCUGUAUACCCCUGCAGGGAUGCCAGGUCAACGAACUCACAGCGAACCCGGACGAACCAGGAAGACACCUAUUUGAGAUCGUACCAGGUGGAACAGGAGAUAAGGACCGGGCCCCCAUCAGCCAUGAAUCCUUCCUGCUCAUGGCAAACUCCCAGACUGACAUGGAUGACUGGGUCAAGGCCAUACGACGGGUCAUCUGGGCACCGUUUGGAGGAGGGAUCUUUGGCCAGCGUCUAGAGGACACGGUGCAGUACGAGAAGAAGUUUGGCCCCCGCCUGGCUCCUCUGCUGGUGGAGCAGUGUGUGGACUUCAUCAGAGAGAGGGGUCUGGAUGAGGAGGGUCUCUUCAGGAUGCCGGGACAGGCCAACCUCGUCAAAGAGCUGCAGGAGGCCUUCGACUGCGGGGACAAGCCUUUGUUUGACAGUAACACAGACGUCCACACGGUGGCAUCCUUGCUGAAGUUGUACCUCCGAGAGCUGCCUGAACCAGUGAUCCCCUUCUCCAAAUAUGAAGACUUCCUGACCUGUGCGCAGCUUUUGGCCAAAGAUGAGGAGGAGGGGGUCCAGGAGCUUGAAAAGCAAGUUAGCACUCUACCUCUACCUAACUACAAUCUCCUCAAGUACAUAUGCAAAUUCCUUGAUGAGGUCCAGUCCCAUUGUAAUGAGAACAAGAUGAGUGUCCAGAACCUCGCCACAGUAUUUGGACCAAAUAUCCUUCGACCUAAGAUGGAGGACCCAGUCACUAUCAUGGAAGGUACAUCUCUGGUCCAGCACCUGAUGACUGUCCUCAUUAGGGAACACAACCGUUUGUACUCAGGGAGGGACCAGGAAGGGCCGGCUCUACCCCAAACUGAGCUCCCGAUCCAGGGGCAUCAGCUCCAACAUCGCAGCUUGGGAGCUUGGAUCUCUGAAGAGGACCUGCAGACCUGCCCCAUCUCCAACCCCGAUCAAGAACUGCACAGCAGCGCGUCGUCGCUAGAUGCCAAACUGUGUGCAGCUGUCACUCCCACCCAGACCCCCAAUCCAAACACAGGACCAAAACUUGGGUCUCCAUCAGGGAAGGGCGAGACAGUGGUCAGCCCAAGCAAACAAGCCAAGACAAUACCUUCCUGGAAAUACUCAUUCAAAAGCUCCUCAGCACCUCGUUCCCAGCAGCAGGCUAAGCAGAGCAGCGGUGGCGGCUCAGUGGCAGAUGCAACCAGUGUGUCUUCGGGUGGUGGAGGAGGUGGAAGUGGAGGUAACUGGCUCAUGAAUGGUUUGUCCUCCUUGAGGGGACACCGGCGCACAUCUUCAGGUGAGCGUUCUGCUCGUGACCGCGACUCCACCGGCUCGUCUCAGAGGCUCUCCACCUAUGACAAUGUCACCUCUUCCUCCAGCAUGGGCAGCGUUCCAAGUGUAUCCAGCACACCGUGGUCCACGUCCUCCUGUGAAAUUUCCGUCCCCGACUCCGGAAGCGAGCCGUCGCCACAUCAGAACUGUCGAGGUGCGGUAGAGGGUGGAGAAAAGGGGGAGUGGAUGGAAGGCCAGAGAGAUAUUGACAGAGGAAGGGACGGAGGGAUGACGACGGAGCCGAGCUCUGAGCAGGACAGUUGUGAGGCCAUGGAGCUGUGCAGCAGCAGUGCAGUCUGCAGCGAGAAUGGAAACGUGGCCAUGGCUGCCGGGGUGCCGUCCAUCAUCAUGUCUGAAGAUGGAGAUGGGACAAACCUAACACUAAGUAGCCUGGUGGAGGGACUGAAGGAAGAGUUGAGAAAACAGAAGACUUCAUAUGAGGCCAGGAUCCAAAAACUGGAGGAGUCCAGCGCUGCUCUCUGUGCCCAGAUGGAGCGUUUGGAACAAGAGAUGGAGCAGGAGAGGAAGAAACAACGUAUGCUGGAGAUCAAACUACGAAACUCCGAGCGGGCACGGGAGGAUGCCGAGAACCGCAACCGGCUGCUGGAGAAGGAAAUGGAGGAUUUCUUUUCCACACUGGGGGAUCUGGCCCUGGGUGCGAGGACUAGUGACAUUUGAAACAGCAUGGUCUCUCAUCUGUCUGGGGCCAACACCGUAGCCGUGGUCCAGGUUUAUAUUUCAGGGCCUGGUUGUCUUUUAAGGGCUCGUGUCCUCCUCAGUGCAUCAGGACAUUCCUUCAAAAGAAGAGCUGAACAAGAAAAUAAAAGACACCGCAUUUGUGCACAUUCAGGACAAGUUUGAAGGAAAUGAAAAUGUAGAGAUGACUGAGGGAAUUCUAAAGGAAUUAAAUGUCAAACUGGUACUGAGUGUGUGAUCCUUACCAGGAUGGUCUCCACUGAGCAAUGAACAGUUUAGACUUUCUUACGCAUGCUUGAAAGUUAACGUUAAGAAGAUGUGAUGAUCCUUGUGAAGGCAGUAUUUUAAACAGUUCAGGUGCUUGUAACAUGACUAGUGGAACAUAAUGUAAUUUCCCUGACAUUCUCUAUAAUGGAGAGCACUGACUUCUUCAACCACUACUUUACAAGGACACUAAGUGAAUGGAUUUUGUGCUGAAACUGUAAGACUUGUUAGAAAUGUCAAUGUUGAAUGCAGACACCUGACUGAUAUUUAUCUUUAUGGGGUAUUUAUCUCAAAGCAAUAGUUUGACAUUUUUGGAAAUAUGCUGAUUUGCUUCCUUAAAAACUGUUGGAUGAAAAAUUUGAUACCACUUUUAUGUCUGUAGGUCAAAUAAGGAGCUACAGCUUGCGACUGGUUAGCCUAGCUUAACACAAAGAGAAGGAAAAGGCUAGCCUAGCUCAGCAUGACGGUAAAAAUACCCACCAUCACCUCCAAAGAAAAUUAAUUAGCAUGUUAUAUCUCAUUGGCUUAGUACUUACAAAAACUGAAAACUACAAUAUGUGCUUUUUUACAGGAGGUUACAGUCUUCAUGUUAACCCAAGCUAGCUGGCUCUAGCUUUAGUAUAUUUAGUGGUGUCAGUCUUCUUAGCUAACAUAGCUCACUUCUAUGCUAACUUUUCUUCCCAAAAUGUCAAGCAAUUUCUUACACUGCAGGGUCAGUUCAGCCCUUAGUGGAAGCUAGCAAGUUAUUUUCUUUUUGUCCAGGCUUUGAAAAUACAAAAGGUAAAAUAGUCAUUUUUUGAAUGUGGUUUUAACGCUGUGAGCACCAGACGUGGAAUUCAGACUGAGCGGUAGUCAUGGACAAACUCCCAUUGGUGUACUUUUCUCUGUAAUCUUCAAACCUGGACAACAGAAAGUAAUAGUAUCCACUAGUUGUAAGUAUUUUAUGUCAUUUGGGUGAACUGACUCUUUAUUAACAGCGGAAGCUUUAGCAGAGGUUCCUCCACUUGCAUUUAUCGUCCUCCAUAUUUAUACUGUAGGCAUUUUUCUUUUUGCUAAAUGUUUUACUGUGGAAUCCAAUUUGUAUGUCAUAACAGCCAGGUUUAAGAAAACUUGAUUUUCCAAAACUGAAGCAUUAACAGAUGGGUCUUCUGCCAUAGCUGCCUCUAAAUCCUCCUUUGUCCUCAGGCCCUUCCAGUGCCUCUAUCGUCACCAUCCUCGUGGUUUCCAAGUCCAUUUGAUGGCAAAGCCGCAGUCUUCGGUUCUCUCCAAUCCUCACUGAUGUCAGUAUACCUUUAAUGUACAGACACUAUAACAGGGACAACGAAAACAGUUCUUCAAGCAUUUUCAUCUUUGCGCAUGCUGCCUAGCACACAGGACAUGUGGCUCAUUUACAGUACACAGUAAAUACCAAAGCUGGACCGCCUCAGCUGUUCGCUCACUACACAUCAGAAUGGCCUGCCUGGAAGCCGUGUUGAUUUUGGCACAUGAAGCUGAACACUGCCCUCAAAGAAACAAUGGAGUUUCCUGGUUGUGCCUUCAGGGAAGUGUUUUUAAAUUGGAAAAAUGUAGUGUUGCUUGCUUGUUCAGAGAUGUAGUGCAUUUAUUCGCCCAUAGUACACAUGGUGGCUGCAUUAUUUUUUUUUUUUUUUUGCGAUAUGGAACAAACUGCUGAUGCUGAUGAAUCCCUAGAAGGUGCCAAUUCUUGUGAAAGUGAAUUGUGAAUUGAAUGGAAGUUUUGCAUUGAGAAUGUAUCCUUGUUGUGAAUGUAAUGUGUUGUUGACGAAACCAGCCCUGUUAUUAAAAAAAAAAAAAAAAAAUGUAAAUGAUUAACAGAGGGAAGAAAAAAUUCUAAUUACAUCCUCCAUUAAACCCACAUUUCUGGCUCCAGCUGUGUUGUAUGGAAGACCAAACCUGCCAUAAUCAAAAACAAAUGAAUAAAUGACUGUAUAGAUAUAUUAUUAUGGAUUAAAAUGCACCAAAAAUAAUAAUAAAAAAUAUUCAUUAAUUUAUAAAAUAUGAAUUGCAAUUUCUGGUGCUUCUGUAUUUAAUGACCUUUGAAUUAAUUUGCCUAUUUAUUUACUUUUCCAUAAUUUUUAAACUUCUUUUUUAAAUGAAUUCCUUUGCUUUCCUUCCAAUUUAUUUAAAAAUGUAUGUCUUUUUUAAAGAAAAUUUUAAUGGUACACAAAUACAUAAAUAUAUACAUGAGCAAAUUUAAAAAUUAGUAAAUUAUUACAAAAAAAGUUAAAUAAAUGGGAAUACAAAGGUAAAUAUAAAGCAAAUUAAAACAGACAUUUUAAUUAUUAUGAAUAUAAUUUUUGGUGCAUUUAAUGUCAUAUUAAUCUAUUAAGUUACUUUUUCUUUGCUAUCAUUUUGGCAGCUUUGGUUUUCUGGUUGUGUGAUUAGGGUCAUUUCUAUUUGUUUCUAAGCCAAAUGAAGACUUGCAUAUAUUUGUGAGAAUUGCAUGUCGUUAUACUGUUGAAAAUGUUUUUUCAGCAUACUGUCACCAAUGAGAAGGAUGUCCAGCGGUGUCCUAAGUAACUGUAAUUUUUAAAGGGCCCUCUGAGCAUUAUAAUAACAAGUAAGUGUGUUUUCAGCCAGACAAUGUGACUGUUUUGUAAAGAACAAAAAGACAAUGUUAUAUUCUUUUGCACAGGUUUACAAGGUAAUUGUACUUUAUGAACUGGUCACUCACAGUUCUGAAUAUAACAGUCUGAACUGACAGCAGGUUCUUUGAUUCCAACAGACAUAUAGUUUCCUCUUCUGUAUGUCUCGUGACUAAGGCUAAAUGUUUCUUAUUGCUCUGCUGAUCAUCUAUGGUGCUUAUUUAUUAUGGAUUUCCACUAUUGUAAUGAAUGGCCAUGUAUGGGAAUAAAAGUGACAAAGAUUACAUGUGA